AUGGUGGAGGGCCCGUGCUGCGCGCUGUUUGCAGAGCGGCUGCGGGCGCGAGUGCGCCGGGGUCAGGCGGUGCGCAGCGCUCGGGGCAGCGCUCUGCCGGCUGGGGCUCGCGCUGCGACCGCUGCAAGUGAGGAGAGAACCUCUAGUCAUGAUUUCCUUACUGGACAAGUUUUCAAGGGUGUGGAAACACUGGGAAAGGAAUUUUUUAUGUAUUUUGAUCAAAAAGCUUUGAGGAUUCACUUUGGUAUGAACGGUUCCAUGCGCAUUAAUCCUGAUGGAAGUAAAGACAGAAAUGGAGCAUUACCAGCUUUGGAGAUACAACUUAUAGAAGAUACUAUUUGUUUCUUUGAGGUGACAGUAGAGUAUAGAAAUGUAGCAGAGUGUGAGCAGAAAGUAAGAAUGAUGGAAAGCUUGGAUGUCUGCUCUCCAAAGUUUAGCUUCUUAAGAGCAGAAAGUGAAGUAAAGCAGCAGAAAACCCAGAUGUUAUGUGAUGUGUUACUGGAUCAAACAGUAUUACCUGGAGUUGGAAAUAUCAUAAAAAAUGAAGCACUAUUUGACAGCGGUCUCCAUCCAGCUGCUAAAGUUUGCCAAUUGACAGAUGAGCAUAUACGUCACUUGGUGAAAAUGACACGUGACUUUACCCUGCUUUUUUAUAAGUGCCGCAAAACUGGGUCUCCACUCUACAAACACUACAAAGUAUACAGGCGCCAAACUUGCGGUCAGUGCAAUGAGAAAAUCACUGUGUGUCGUUUAGGAGAGAAUAACAGGAUGACUUACUUCUGCUCUCGAUGUCAAAAGGCUGAUCCCCAGCUUGUCAAUGUUAGCAAACUGCCAACUAGAAAUAGCCUAAUUGGCUGGGCGUGUGGCAGGGGGUCAUGUUCUAAUGAACACAUAGCUCAGAAAUGUGAAGAAGAGUGGACGUGUAUGCGCUGUACCCUAAUAAACAAGCCUUCUGCUGAAACUUGUGAUGCCUGUUUGACUUCAAGGCCUGAAGUGAGUUCUUCAUUGAAGACAGAGAAUGUUGAAGAUUCCACAGACUUUAACAUAAAUCUCAUUAAAUACCCUUGUAAUGACUUCAGAAAACCAAGCAGAGAAAUAAAGAUCAACAGGAAGGCUGCAUUUGGAACUACCACUCUUGUCUUAACAGAUCUUGGUAAUAAAGCAGAAUUGAAAGGCGAUAUCCAAUUACCUGAUGGAUGCUCUGAGUAUGUUACUCCAAAAGGCAAUCUCAGCCAGAAUCAAAAUAAUGUCUACCACUCAGGAAUAAGCAUAGACAAGUAUUGCUCAACAAAUGUAACUUCUCUGGCUUCAUCUUCUGGUCAGGAGCCUCCCUCUUUCAAGCCCGCAAAGAAGAAGCAGAAAACUCACCACGUAUCUUCUGUUCACCAAUAUAAUGUAACAAUUUGCAAACCUCAAGUUAAUUCAACAGAUGAUAUUCAUACACUGCACACAGGCCCUCCUCAUUGCAGCAAACACGGUCACCUCUGCAAACUCAGAAUUGUGAGGAAGGAUGGGGAAAACAAGGGCAGGAUGUUUUAUAGCUGUCCUCUACCCACAGAAACUCGGUGCAACUAUUUUCAAUGGGCUGACUUGAAUUUUCCAUUUUGUCACCAUGGCAAGCGAUGCGUUAUGAGGAUGGUGCUGAAGCUUGGUCCCAAUAAUGGAAGGAAUUUCUUUGUGUGUCCAUUAGGAAAGGAAAAACAGUGUGGCUUUUUUCAGUGGGCAGAAAAUAAGCCAAUUACACAGUUUACUCCUUGAUGAUAUCAGUAUCUAAGACAUCCUAAGAAAUAGAUAAGUACAACUCUCACUGGUCAUUUCUGUUUUGUUGUCACCUGUUUUUCCUGUUCACUGAUUGAUUAGUCAAAUUGCUCCCAUAACUAAGUAAAAAUUACAGAUUACUCUAUCCCAAUUUUAAAAAGUCCUAUAACAUUAAACACUGCUUGUAUGCUGCAUACUAACUUGCAGUAUAUUGUGACACACAAUAUUUCAUAUUCAUAUAACAAUAGUUAUAUUUCCAGUCAAAUAAUUGAACCGCUUUCUAUUUUUCAUGUAAAUGUCACUGCACUGUCAGCACUGCACAUUUUCAAGCUGAUAUGCAUUAUGGAAUGGAUCUUAAUCUGAAUUUGUACUUCAAAUUGUUAGUCUUAUAAACAGGUAUUUAAUGAAUAAAAUUUACUGUCCUCUUCAAUAUAGCUUCAUGCUUUAUUUCUUCAGAGCUUGAAAAGAAACAACAGACUGUACAUUUUAAAUUUUACUAUAGCUGGAUGUUUGACCUUCCUAGAUUUGGAAAACAGACACACACUGCCCCACAGUUAAUAACAUGACUCUGCAUUUUUCUUAAUUAUAUGUUUUUAAUCUGGAUCUUAACAUUUGAUUCUGGUUGCUAUUCUGUGUUCCCUAAUCUGUGUUAAAUGUGUAAUAAAACCAUUCCAGACCGUUCCACUUGGGUGGUUAAAAGACAACUGAAAACUUGUAAAUGGUUUACAAUUGCUCAAUAUUGCUUUUUUGAGUAUUUUUGGUUGGAAGGACUUGCAGGGAAGAUGGUACUUGGAACUAAAGAAAACUCAAUUUUCCUGAGAAAUCUGUGGAACUAGAGUCCAGUUUAAAGCCUCAAUGCCAUACUGUGAUUGAAACCAAUUAAUUUUUGUCCUUGCCAUCAACUUCAGAGGAGACUUUCUUCUUUCUCUUUUCAGUAGCCUAUGCCAUAUUUCAAGACCUUUAAAUGUUUCCUUAUGUGAUGGUAAUCUUCCUUUUAAAAAAAAAAUAAAAAAAUCAGGCUGUAGAAAGUAUAAUUUUAUGUUGCUUGGUGGAUUCUUUCCAACUUACAUGUAUCUUUCAUGAAGCCUGUUUAAAGUGGGGUACUGAACCCUAUCUGAGAACAAAACAAGCUACUUCACAUGGUGAAGACUUUUUAUAUAAAAGACACCAAUGAUACUUUAUUGCUAUGAUGGUAUAUCACUGUUCUAAGCUAAUUUGGGUUAUAUAUCUAAAUCUUUAGAACUGUCUUAUUUUUACAAUUCAUUAUUAUGAGAAGGUGAUUAUUUUUCCAUGUGGUUGGGUGUCUUGCACAGGGAUAAAUCUUCAAUGCUUCAGCUAAACAUGAAAAAUACAACUACUUUUGAUCAUUUGCCUUUAACAAAUGCAAAGCUAGAACUUGAAUGACUUUUUCAGACUUUGACACUUCAAAGAUAACAGGCUGUCUCUUUUUAAAUCUUACCCGUGAGACAAGAAGUAAAUGAAUAUUUGUUUACAUAUAACACAUACUAGCUUUAAAGGAUUAACUGCUUUUAUUAACUACUGCAGUUACUUUCUUUAUUUCCUUAUUUCCAGAACAUGCUGUGUGUAAAAAUAAGUAAAUGCAUAAGCAAUAUGGAAAUUUAACCUGGACAACACAGCAGUAAUAUAUAAAGUGCAUUUACCAUUCUUCAAUGAAAUGUGUAUUCUGUCCAGCUUAAACUAAGGAAAUGUAAUAUUUUGUCCCGAUCAGUAGUUCAUCCAUUUAAAAAGUAAUUUCUCCUGAAGUCUGAAUACUUCAAAUGCAUGAGAAAUCAUCUAGAUGUUAUUAUUAAAACAAUGUUUUAUCUUUGAAUAAAAAUUGUUUCAAAAAAACUUCUGAAACAUCUAAUUGCUGCUGUUUUCUGUUUGCCUAAAUUACAACUGUUAACGUGCUAACUUAUGUUUAUUAUCUCAAAUAUAACAUAAUAGGCUAGCACAGGCUAUCCAGUUGAAGUAAUCAGAGCUGGUUGCAUAUAUGAAGCUUUAACAACUAUAUGUCACAACAUGUCAGUGAAAAUGUAAAUGGCAAACAGCAAGGACAGCUAAAGCUAAUCAAACCAGCACAUAGAGGAAUCUAAGAUGUUUGUACUCCAGUGAAACAAGAGACUAAAUAAAAGACAGUUAAUUCUAGAUCACUAUCUGUCUCUGCAUAACUUACUGCUUCUGCCAAUGCAUUU